AUGUUUAUACCUGGGUCAACUCCUACUAAUACAAAUUUAUCGACAACAACAGCAAUGAAUAAUAAUCUUCAUCACCAACAAUAUCUUUUUGAUAGUCUAAAAGAUCAUCGUUCAAAUAAAUUAUCGUCAUCAUCAUCAAUGUCACGAAAAACAUCAUCAACACCAAAUUUUUCACUUGAUCCUGAUUUAUUACGUGAAUUGAAUGCUCGAUAUUUACAUGAUAUAAGUUCAACACGAACAACAAAUACAACAAAUUCACCGAUUGAAAGUAAUGGAUUUCCAACAUUUCUUUUACCACCAUUUCUUCGAGCUGAACAUUAUCAUCAACAUACACAUACCCAUGAACAUAAUUUAAAUAUUUUAGCACCUGCUAAUAAUGCAUCAUUAAAUGGAAAUCUUAAUAAUUCGAUGUUAGAUAAAUUAUCGAAAUCAGACAAUAGUCUUUCACCAUUUUUACGUACAACAACUGUUAAUAAUUUUUCACCAGCAACAUUGCUACCACCACAUCCACCUGUAUUUCCAUCAUUCACUUCAGCUAAUAAUUCAACAGCAACUGUUAAUCAUAAUCACAACAACAACAACAACAACAACAACAACAACAACAACAGCAAUAACAGCAAUAAUCAUAAUAAUAAUAUUAAUAAUUCAACAAAGGAAACUUCAUCAUCUCCAUCUAAGAAAUCUGCUAAAUGGUGUGCAGCACAUGUUCGAAUAUCUUGGAUGAUUUAUCAUCAACAACAACGGUCGAAAGAUAAAUCAUCUCCAUCGGAUAAUAAAAAAGAUGAUGAACAACAUCAACAUCAACAUCAACAACCAUCAUUAAAUAAUAAAUUACCCGAUCUUAUUUCGAAUACAAAACCUCUUUUCCUACCAACACCAACCAGUGAUUUAUCUCUUCCAAUAGCUUCAACAUAUUCAACUUCACAUUUACUGCCACCAUCAUUUAGUUAUCGAUCACCAUUUGAUUUCACUGGUGUAAAUAAUGGGCCAUUAGGCCGUUUACCCCCAUCGUCAAGUAGUGCAUUUGGUGGUCUUGGUUCUUUGUUUCCACCACCUCCACCAACAUCAGCAUCGUCCUCGAUAAUUGAUCGAAAAUCAGAUAUAAAUGGAUCCGUAGCAGCAGCUGCUGCACUUGGUCUUGAUUGGUCAAGAUUUCAUCGGGGAAUAGGGUCAUCAUCAUUGAUUUCACCUUUAAUGCCACUUUCAUCAACAAAUGAUAAUUUAUCAUUGAAAAAACUGGAUGAAACAAAUAAUAGUAAUCAUGAAAAUAGAAAACGUUCUUCAUCUGUACUUAAUAAUGAUGACGAUCGUCGUAAUUCUCAUCAUCAUCUAAUGCUUCCGCCAUCACAUUUAACAAAUAAUAAUUAUUCAUCAUCAUCAUCAGCAGCAGCAAAUCGUUCUCGCUCACGUUCUCCACAUCCUUCAUUACAUCAUCACUCAUCAUCAUCAUCAUCAUCUAGUCUUUUGAAUAAAAAUUCUACUAACUCUUCUUCUUCUUCACCACCAUCAUCAUCAUCAUCAUCACAUUUAUCAUCAUCUUCACGUAAACGAAAUUCGCCAAAUAUGAAAUCAAAUCUAUCAGACAAUUCUAAAAAUUCUUCACAUCCUCCUCUGCCUCUACCAUCAUCACUACCUCCAGCUGGUUUACCUCCAAUGUCUUUACCACCCACAUUUGGUUCUUUUGAUCCUUUGACAUUAUCAAUUAUUGAACGACAACGUUUAUCAGCUGCAUAUGCAUCAUUAUUUGCUGUUGCUCCUCAACCGAAUAAUUACUUUCCAGGGAAUAUUGAUCCAACGACAUUUCGUAAUAAUGGCUCAUCGAAUAUUUUUUCUAAUGUUGAUUCAUCAGCUAUGACUGCUGCGUUAAUGCAACGUGAACAUUUUCUUAAUUCGUUACGUCAACAACAAGAACAAACUAUUGAACGUGAACGUGCUGCUGUUGCAUCAAUCAAUAAAGUAUCAAAAUCUUUAACAAGUAAUGGAUUAAAAACUGAACAAACAUCACCAAAAACUAACUCAGAAGAAACAUCAGGGAUAAGUCCUAAACUUGGAACAUCACCUGGAUCUCAAUCUACGAUUUCAUCGUCAUCUGAAUCAUCGAAAAAAUUGAAACACGUUAAACGUGAAAAAGAAUCACCAUCGCUAAUUGUUCCUUCAGCGACGACUGCAAAUACUGAAACUAUAUUAAAAGAAGAAUCAAAUGUUGAAUUAACUCCUUCAUUUUCGACUACAGCAUAA